UGUCUUUAAAAGGAUUAUUUUGUAGUCGAUCUUAGAUAAGUUUUGUAUCCUAAAAUAAAUCCGAGUAUAUGUGUGUACGGUUGUACGUGUAUCUAUCUGGGUCAUAAGAUAACUACGUAGAUCAAAGUUCUUACAGUGUCCUUAUUUAAAUAUGAACGCGUUAUUUGACUGUUUCGAAUGUUGAAGAGGAAUUACGUUGUGUCUCUAGCUCAGUGACCAUAUCAGCAGCAGUGAAAUUAUGUCGACCUCCGGCACAGAAAAACAUUGUAGACUUUCCUGCAUGCUAAUAAAAGCUGGAACAAAAACAAAUUGGGCUUUUCUUGAAAAACGAGUCAAGGACCUAAGUCCAGAUCCAACUUCUCCUUGGUCACUUGACGACUUUCUGAAGACUAAACAGAGAGAUAUACAAAAAUCUAAACUUUCCAAAGAAAAGUACAGAGUGUUAUUCCCUGCGACUGGCGCAACAGACGUUAAGAAAUGGGAUUUGUCACUCCUCUGUCACGUUCUCGUGCACUAUUGCCAGCUUAGCACAAUAGAAAGUCUGGAUGUUAAACAGUUUCGCAAUGUUCGAAAUGAGCUAUGCCAUGCGCACGAACCAAAUAUUGACGAUGAUAAGUUUAAGAAUGAUGUUGAAACAAUCGAAAUUAUCACAACCAGAAUUUUACAAAAGGUAGAUAAUCCAAUAAUCACCGAAGAAGUAACAGACAUUAUAAAUGAAAUGAAAGAAGGACCUUUGUCACUCGUUGAAACUGUGAGGACAAUGCAUAUUUUCUACUCUAUGGAGAGAGACAUUAGAGAGAAAUUAGAUACGAUUAGUGACGCCGAGAGUCGAUUGCUUGAAGCAGCUGAGAGGAUUGAACACAAACUGGAUUCUUCCGUUGUUAUGCGAGCAGAUCCAAAUUAUUCAUCUUCAGUGAGGCUACCAGCUGUGGACUUUUACAUCGAUAUAAAGAAUAUUGGUGCAGAGAAAGAGGCUAGAUUGUCAGAAAUUUUGGUCGAGUUGUUUGAAGCUACACUAGAAGGGAAUGAAGAUCUCUCUACCCUACUCACAACUUUGCCACCUGAGUGUUUCCAGCAGCUACGAGAAACAGUAAAUGAAACCUUUAAGAUCUUCCUGUCAAGAGGAUGGGAAAUAAGCAAAGUAAAACACGAAAAUGUUUUACUGAAAAUUCAAUGCCGUACAAUAUCGGCUGUAGUAGCUCUAUUUAGAGACUUUGCUGAAGGAAGACUACUGCCGGUUCUAGAAAAUCUCGGAAAAAGAUGUUCAAUGCUGGAUAGUUAUAGUAACGUUGAACUCGAACCUGUCUUAUACAGGGAUACCUUUUUCGACGUAAUGGAGGAAACAUUUUCAUCUAUAGAAGACAAUAUGCUGAAAGAGGAAAUUGCAGUAAAAUCAACGGACACACAUUCACUCUGUUUAUCCAUCAAACCAAGAGACACGAUGCACUUGGAACGACUGAAAAGCAAGCAAACACUUGAUAGGAUCCAGUGCAGUCUAAAGAUAGCAGAACAGAUAUUAGUACCUCAUUUAGAAGAACCACGUUUAUCAUUUGAAAGCAGUGUUGAGGUUAAAGAGCAAACUCCAGCACUUGAAAAAGGCUCUGCAGAGUUGUUGGAUGACCAGUUUGGUCCGUUAGUAGACCACGAGUCAAGCACUGACGGGCACUUGACAACGUUGAAAGAGACUGAGAUCGAUAAAAAUGCAGAGAAAGAUUGUAAAAUUGAACAAGACAGUUGUAUGAGACCAUUAGGAACAGAAUCUGGAACAGAAUGUGAUGCACCGGAUCUUCCUGCCAAGGCAAUUUACACAUUAAAGAGGUAUGUACCGAGCGCAAGUACAUCCAAGUCAGCCGCUGUAGAACUUUCAUCGUAUGAAACAUCCAGUAAAGCCCAAGUUGAUUCCAGCAGUAGGGACACGCUACAGACGAUUGCCCUGCUGGAACUGUACAAGUCACAGAGAGCUAUAGCCCACUACCUUGAAUUGGCAUAUCUUUCUUUCUAUGACUACCCAGACAUCGAAAAUAAAGUAUUAACAGCAUCGCAUUUCGCCAGGGUAAAACAUCGAAUCACAGCUUACAGUGAAUGGUAUUGGUUAGUCGAAAGAUUAAUGUGGAAACUGGAGGAUCUAACCAUUUGUGAUUUUAGCGAAAUAGAUAGGGUCAUUGAGGGUGCAUGUAGACUGAAAAAAAUGACGGAACAAUUUCAGAAAAGUUAUAUUGAACUUCAAGACAUUAUCCGGAAUCUCAUGAAACGUUGCGAAAAUUCCACAAGUUUGCGUAAACACAAGGAAGCAAAAGCACGCGAUAAAAAAUCUAUUCGUUCAGAGGAAGAACGAAAUAAAGAAAGUAUGCGUGAAUCUUAUGUCCUUCAGUCAAAAGUUAACCUUGAGACAAGUCAUCUCACAAAGGAAGAAAAAAUGAAACUGAUGAUAUACGUCGAUUCCUUUUCUGGAAUAAGGAUGAUUGACAAGGAUGCAAGUAGUAAUUAUUCCGGUAGCUUCAAGUUCGUUCCUAAAGAAAACGUAAAAGCAGACACAUUUGUGCUAGAUAAACACACUGAAAUAGCCAAGUAUUCCAGCAAGCAUUACAAAGGAAAACCGGAAAUGAAAAUAUUUAAGCAGGAGGUCUGGCCUAGCAAAUGGACUCCCGGUUUGAAAACCCUCAAAUUCUACGAAAUCUGGUGCGACAAGGAAACUAUAUUAACAAUGCUUCGACCAGGAUCAGCAUUGACUGGCGGUACAGACUUGAGACGAAGUAUGUCUAACGAAAUAUUUGCGUCAAUCUGCAGUGGAGAAGAGGCAAGAUAAUAUAAAUUUAAAUUUGUUAAUGAAGUGUUAAAUCUUAUAAGAAUGUCGUGUUUCCUUAAAAAAAACCGUUAAAGAAAGACGUUGCAUGAUUUGAUACCAUAACAGCUGUCCGCAUCAAAUAUGUCAAGUUUGCAGUUUGCAGAAACUGUACAGUCAGACCUUUAAAGAAUUCUAUUUAGUAAAGACACACAUAUUCAUAAUAACAAGCUUAAAGCGUAAAUGCACAAAAUUUGCGCUUUACAGCAUUAUCUUUUUCUGUCUUUAACUUAUUUAUGCAUGGAUGAAUAUUGGCAAAAUAUAAAAACAAGACUAGGAAUCACGUACAAACUCAAACCCGUAUCUCUUUGGUUAUGGUCAUAAUCGGAGGUCAUAUUUUCUAUUUAGUUUUAGUCCCGGCCAUAUCUUUUUUUAUAUCAAUUGACACAAACGUUCGCUAAAACUUACAUUUUUAGCCCAAAGCUCAAGAUCUCACUUAAGAUUUGAAACAAAUGCUUAUAAUGUACACGAGGCUUAUUACUUCUAAUGCCGUACAAAUAUUUCAUUACGUUACUUGUUUGCCAAAUCGUGUUAGGUCGAAAAUGUUAUUGUGCGUGGUAGGACGUCCAAAGAACUUGGCCCAAAUGAUCAUUAUAACAGUACGUUUUGUCACGGGCAAGAACCAUGCCGCCAGUGCAAACAUAAAGGACUAACUUGGACUAUUUUCCUAUUUAACUUUAAGCUGUAACAUUUGUUUGUGUCAGACCCAGAACUAUAUCGUGUUUACUGGAUUUUCGAAAUACACUUCUGCAUCUUUAAAUUACAAACUGGGGUUUUAACGUUUUGUUUGUAUAUUGAUACUUCUGCAUCUUUAAAUUACAAACUGGGGCUUUAACGUUAGUUUGCGUAUUGAUUAGUAUGACGACUGUUUCUUCCUACAAAGUACAAAACAAGUACUUUACUUUAACGUCUGUUUGCUUAGCUUAAUAACUCCGAAUGUUCUAUUAUAGAUUAUAAAACCAACAGGUCACAAAGAGAAUUUUCUAAGCCAUUAAUACAGGGAACCAGACUAAUGUCUUAUUUUUCUGCAGCACAAUAGGGUAGACAUAAGUUAAUGUUGUUUAAGGAACAAAAUAAAACUGAUAUCACGGGAUUUAAAAGUGUGUAGCUUCUAGAAUCUUUUAUCAGUAACGUUACUGAACAGGGUCACGAAAAGAAGCUUAGUUUGGUCUUACAUAUAUCCGCGCAUUAUUUUAAUUGCAAGGGUUGUCACAUUUUAAAUUUAAAAGAUAAUUAUCAUCUGGCUUUUCAUAUUUGAUAAAAUCAUAGUUUACAUAUUUAUCAUUUUAAAGUUAGAGAUAUUGGCAAACGCUUAUUAUCAGCCUCAAGAAGACACCAAGGCGGCCAUUGAGCGAGAGCUUUUUGUUCAAAGAAUGCACGUACAACGUAGAGAAGCGCUGGAAAGGCUGGCGACAAUAAAAAAUCGAGAGGACGACAAAAGCGGCAUCGAGUGUCUGAGAGCAGUGGAAAAACAUCUGAAAUACAUCGAAAUUCAGUUCGAGAGGAUCAAGGACUGUUGGUCAGAGGUGAUACCUGCUCUAAGAUUAUUGAAAACUAAAGAGCAUAUAAACACUUUCAAGAUGUUAGAAAUGUGGCAGAGAACUAGCUUGCAAAAGGACUGGGAAUAUGUAGACGACUUAUUUUGGGCUUACAUCAAAGAAAACGAAGGUGGCAUUCCAAACUUAUACAGAUUCGUCUCAGAAUCUAGAACAAUUAAUCCAGUCAAACGUCGGCGGGACUUGUUUCUCAAAAUCGAAAAAGAAAUAUCUGGAAAAUCUCUUUCUCAAGAUUGAGACAAACUAUUAGACCAACAUACAGACAUUGGCGUCAAAGGCAAAGACAAAAUGUUCUCUGAAUAAGAUAUAUCUGGAACGUCUUUCUCUUCAGAUACAGGCAAACUUUCAGAUCAACAUACACAGAUCGGCGUCAAAGGCAGAGAAAAAAUGUUUUCUUGUGAAGAAAUAUCUUAAGCGUCUUUUUCUUCAGAUUCAGGCAAACUAAUAGAUCUAGAUACAGACACUGGCGUAAAAGGCAAUGAAAAAUGUCUUCUGGAGAAGAAAAGCUGAAAAAAAAGCAAAUAUUUUUUUUUAUAAUAUUUUGUUUAUAUAAAGGAGAAAUGUCGAAAACUGUCCAUAAUGUAAGAAAUGGACGAAUCGAGGUGAAACGUGCCGAGAUUGUUCAAUUUUGCACAUAAUGGAUACUUUGAGGAUUUUCUCUGACUUAAAACAUGGUCCUAACAAAUAUGUCAAGAAAGUCGUGAUAUUAUCGAAUUAUUGUCCUCUUCAAGGCAACGACAAUUCAUUAAUGUUUGUCUCUGUACUAAUCUAAAAACAUUCAGAUGGAGCUAAAAUUAAAUUGCAUAUACAAUAUUAUUGCGAUCAUAAGUUUUUUAACAUUGCAUAAUGAUAUUUAGUUUUGAGUCUUCUUAGAAAAGUUUAAAAUAUAUCCCGUUUUGUUACAUUUCAAUGUUUAAAAGUGUCCAUAGACAACUUAAAUCUUACUUGGCCUUAUAAUACAUGUACGUGUGUAAAUAGUUGCCCAUGCUUUGUCCGUGCUGAGUACUGCACUUUUAUAUUGGUUAACUAAUGUAAGACAAUGACGGGAAACAUUAAGAAAAAUAUUUGUUUUUUCAAUUUUAUGUCUACCUCUGAAAUCCUAUUUUUCAUAUGUUGGGGAGGAAGAUUGUUGCUUGAUUCAAAUAUUUUGCAACAGAAUUUAUGCAUUUUUGUGUUCCCCAUUUCUGUAGUGUGGGUACAGUUAGAGACGAAUUUGUCUGUCCGUCCCAUUUGCAUCAUGCAUAUUUGACCAAGAAUCAUCAAACCUCAUAUGACUGCUUUUCAGUAUGUGAAGCUGUGCACCUGAUGUUUUAAUUGGGAAUUCAUCCCGCCAGGCCAGAGCUAUGGCCGUUGACUUUGUCAAAUAUAUACCAAAAAGGCCUUUAAUAUUGUGUCGCAUGUAUCUCAGAAAGUGUUUGACCUAGGAUUAUGAAACAUUACAGGAAUAUUAUUCAGCAUGUGAAGUUGUGUACCUGGCGUUUCUUUGCGAUUUCUUCGGUCACACCAAAGUUAUGAAUCUUGAUUAAGUCCAAAAUAUGCAUAAAGGGUAUGCAAUUUUGCGUCGUAUUUAUCUAAUUAAUUUUUGAUUUAAAGUCAUAAAACAUAAGGGCAUCGUCAUAUAGUAUGUGAGAUUGUACACUUGGUGUUUUGAUCGAGAUUAAACUUAGCAUGACCAGAGUUAUGAUCCUUGACUGAGUGGAAAAUACACAUAAAGUUCUAAACAUUUUAUGCUGCAUAUGUCUAAAAAAUAUUUUACUCAGAGCCACGAAACAUGAAACUAUGUACAGUGACAGGAAAGGGGACUUGUAUGCUAUGACCAAACUUCUAGUAAUUCCAUCUUUUUCAAGAACAAGAUAAAAUAUGCAUCAUUGUGAAGGUCUCCAUGAAUUAUAGAAGGAAGUUCUUGAACUCUGAAAACAUCCUAAUAAUGAUGUAAGUAAAAUAAUGUAUUUUUGAAGGAAAUCACACAAAAAUUGCAAGAUUAUGUUUUUACAAGACAUUUACAACCAUUUUUCUUGUUAUGUCACUUUAAUAGCUUUUAUGAGUAACUCCAACAUCAUAAUUAUAUAAUACAAAUGCAAUUUUAAAUGCAUCUGAUGUUUGGAAUUUUGACGACAAUCUCCAAGCUAUAACAUUCGGAAGAACUGGGCUUCUUAACCAUUAAUGAUGAAAUUUCAAUUAGUAUUCAAUUUACAAGAAAAUUACCCGAAUCACGUAUGUAAGAUUGUCGUGUUGUAAUAAUGAGAUAUUACGGCCAAAUGUUCUCGUAAUACAGAAUCGUGUAGUAAAACUUUCUUUUCUUUUUAUUUGUUUUUUAAUUUGCAGCUGAAAGGUAAAAUUACACAUUUCUAGGUAAGGUUUCAAGAAAUGUCUGUUAUAGCAAAAUAUUUCACCAAUUUCAAACGCGCGCUGCAUGAGAAAGAUAUGUAUGCAAACUGAAAAAAUAAAGGAAAUUUAUGUUUGUGUACAUUACUUGCCUAUUGUCAGCUUCUUUCGUCCGUAAAUGCCCUACAGGGUGUAUUUCUGUGGUACGUUUCUAAGGCGAAAGAGGGGUAUGCAUACUUCCUUUCUGACAGUUGAAAAUUUAAACUUU